GAAAAUUAGAAUUAACUAUGGAGCCUGAAGAGUCAAAACAAAUAGGACACGAUAGCAUCCAGAUUAUUUUAGGAGAGCCUGAACAUGCACAGACUUGUGCUGAAUUUGCAGCUAAGAAGGGACUGGAACUAGAGAACUACUUAGUAGACACAACUUCAAUAGCAGCAGCCAUAGAUCGUCUAGUCUCUAAUCAGGAAGAAGUUGAUGGCUAUAAACCCUACGGCUGGUAUCUUGUAGCUAUUGAUGACACCAAGACUCUUUUAGGAUGUAUGAUGGUCACCAGAGAGAUUAAUCCUACUGUCGGAGGACUUAUUUACAUGAUGCACAGUAUUUAUGUACUGAAGGAGCACCGAAAGAAGGGGAUUUUUAAAUAAAAUGUUUACUAAAGUACAAGAAAUGGCAAACAAAGAUCCCCUGUGCAAAGGAAUGAGACUUUAUGUCAGAAAUGAUAAUGAAACAGGUCAAAAAGUCUACCUGAAAUUAGGAAUGAAGCUCAUGGAUUACUCUGUUAAUGAAAGAGAAAUUUUGGAUUAA